AAAAAAAACACCAAUAAUUAAAGAGUGAAUAAUCAAAGGGGAAAAUCGAGUGUUCAUCAUCAAUCAAUCGCUACAAAGCAAAUCAAGAAUUCCAACCAUGGAAAUAAAACUAUGCUCACUAAUCGCACUACUCGGAUUCCUCACCAUCGCCAAUGCACAAACCGUCUUCGACAUCUCAAAAUGCGGCGCUACUCCUAAUUCCGACAUCACCGCGAUCCUAACCAAGACUUGGACCGACGCUUGUGCAUCACCAACCGGUGCGACCAUUGUGAUCCCCGCCGGCACCUACAAGUGCGGCGUGGUGGAAUUCAAAGGCCCAUGCAAGGGACCAAUCACGUUUCAAGUCGACGGCACCCUCCAGGCUCCGACCAGCCCCGACGGCGACAGCUGGAUCACCUUCUGCAGCUUCGAAAACUUGGCCGUGACCGGCACCGGUACUUUCGACGGCAUGGGUUCCGCCAUCUACGGCAAGCAGAAGUCAAAGGCCGUGGUACGUCUCGUUACCAAUUUGAGGUUCAACUUUAUCACCAACGGACACAUGGAAGGCGUGACGAGCAAAGACAGCAAGGAAUUCCACGUCAACGUAUUGGGCUGCAAGAACCUGACGAUCAGCAAGUUCACCGUCUGCGCCCCGGCGGACAGCCCCAACACCGACGGAAUCCACCUCGGCAGAUCCAACGGCGUGCAGAUCCUCGACACCAAGAUCGGCACCGGCGACGACUGCAUCUCCGUCGGCGACGGCAUGGAGCAGCUGACGGUGGAGAGGGUGACCUGCGGUCCGGGACACGGCAUCAGCAUCGGAAGCCUGGGGCAGUACGCCGGCGAGAUGCCGGUGAAGGGAAUCUUCGUCAGGAACUGCACCCUGGUCAACACCCAGAACGGCGUGAGGAUCAAGUCGUGGCCCGACCAGGAGGCCAACGACGUCUCCGACAUCCAUUUUGAGGACAUUGUGUUGGACAACGUCGAUAACCCGAUCAUCGUCGACCAGAUGUACUGCCCAUCCAAUUUGUGCAAGUCCAAGGGCGCGUCGAAGGUGACGAUCAGCAAUGUGAGCUUCAAGAACAUUAGAGGGACGUGCAAGCUGCCGGAAGCCAUAACUAUGACUUGCAGCUCUGCUCAUCCGUGCACCAACGUUGAGAUGUGCGACAUUGACAUCAAGUGCACCACUGGGCCAGCCAAAGCUGUGUGCACCAAUGUGAAGCCCGUCAUCACUGGAAUCAUGAACCCUCCUGGCUGUUAAUUAUACAGUUUCACAUUGCUAGAGAGACGCGUUAUAGACGACGGUCUGUAUUUAGUUUUGGCGACGAGAUAUUCGUCUCAAGAACAUAUGGCGACGACGAUGAUCAUGUCGCCUCCUUCAGAACUUUGAUGUCAGCUCGGCGGUCCAUACUCAGUCCAUUUGUUAUUCAUCUUAUCAACCAUAUGGUCUUGUUGGCUAGGACUUUGUAGGGGUGUUCAAACGGUGUGGUUACUAUGGUAACCGUUUUAACCAGUACUAUUUGGAUAAUUUGGUUUGGUUAAUUUGGUUAAUUGGUUUGGUUUGGUUAAAGUUUUUAGCUUGUUUGGUUUAUGUGGGUUGGUUUGGUUUCAGACACU